AUGUUCACAUACGCUGUUGUCGCAUUCGCCGUAUUUGCUGCAUCCGAUGCAUUCGGUUUUGGUUUGCUUGGAGGAGGAUCAAGCAGUUGCUGCCCUGCUCCCGCUCCAGCAGCAUCUUGCUGCCCAGCGCCCGCUCCCUGUUGCCCAGCACCUGCUCCAGCACCAGCUCCAUGUUGCCCUCCACCUACAUCAUCUUGCGGUAAUGGAGGUAGCAGCGGUGGAUGCGGUGGAGGCUCAUCCGGUGGAUCCUACCCAGUUGCUCCACCACCAGCUUACCCAGUUCCUCCACCACCAUCUUACCCAUCUGCCCCAUCUGGUGGUUACCCUACUUCAUCUGGAGGCGGCUACGCUACUGGCAAGUAA